CAGCUCGGCUACAGCAGAACAGACGAGAAACCAUGGAGCGCAACAAGACGCGUUGGAGAGACUCACCAAGCGGACGGGUAAAGUGCCAGUUUCUGGUCUGUUUGUAAGUCACUUUCAGCGACAGACGGCAGAUUUUUGUUCACCAGCAGGUACACAUUGAGUUAUACCAAGUGUGCGUAAAUUGACUGGAGAAGUCUAAGAAAGAAAACAGUCUUGGAGUGACCAGCAGCUACCAAAGAACAGGAGGAGAGGAGAAGUAAAAAAGCGCCCGAAGGAGAGACGAGUGCCCGUUGGAUAGAAAUGCUCUCUGUGUUGUUUUCUCCAUACAUUUCACGUUGUUUUAGGGAAAUGUCGCUGGUCUGCGCUGCGUAAAACCCCGGACUGCUUUCAUGCCACAUGCCUUGAGAAGGAACAGUUAGGCUACUUAUAUUCAAGGGAAACUGUGAGCGGAGCUGAGAUUUCAUAAAGAAGGAGGCACUGGGCUACAACUGAGAACCAGUCACUGAACAGUUACGAACCAUGGUGAAGUUUCAUAACUCGGACCUAUGGAUAGCCUGGAUGGUCAUUUUCUGCAUGGAGGGGUCAAGGUUUGAUCUACACACGGGGAAAGUGUGUGUGCGGGCGCUGGAUGUGACGGUGUCCCAGAGCAGUAUUCAGGUGGCCCGUGGCCAAGCAGCCAUCCUGCCCUGCUCCUUCACCACCAGCGCUGCCCUCAACAACCUCAACAUCAUCUGGAUGGUGAUACCACUGUCCAAUGCCAACCAGCCAGAACAGUCAAAGCAGGUGAUAAUUUACCAGGGAGGCCAGGUGUUCAGCCUCGCCAACCACCUCAAUGGCCGUGUGGGCUUCGUGGCCACCAUGCCAAGUACAAGUGCCUCCAUCUUCAUCAACAACACCCAGCUGUCCGACACUGGGACCUACCAGUGCCUGGUCAACAACCUCCCAGACAGAGGGGGGCGCAACAUUGGCGUCAUUGGGCUCACUGUUUUGGUGCCCCCCUCAAUACCAGCAUGUCGAAUCCAGGGCACGCUGGAUGUAGGCAGUGACAUCAUGCUGUUCUGCAGCUCAGAGGAAGGCAUUCCCACACCGUCCUACUCCUGGGAGAAGCUGGACGCGCUGCCCAAGCUGCCGCACAACGCCAUGCAAGACCAGAUGCAGGGCACUGUAACACUGAGAAACAUCAGCACCAGCAACUCAGGACUCUAUCAGUGUACCUCCAGCAAUGUUAUUGGCAAGAGCACCUGUCUGCUCAACCUGCAGGUCGUAGCACCCCAGCCUCAGAGUGUGGGUUUGAUAGCGGGCACCAUUGCUACAGGAGUCCUAGCUGUCAUCAUCUGUUCCCUGUUAGUGGUGGUCACACUCUUUUACUGGAAGAACAAGAACAAAUAUGAUGAGGAGGAGAUCCCCAAUGAGAUCAGAGAAGAUGACCUUCCUCCUAAGAGGUCAUCAUCAGUGAAGGCGUUCCAUGCAGACGCCUCAUCCUCAGAGAACGACACGCUGACGUCUACUAACACCUACAACAGCCGCUACUGGCACAACCCCAAACCCAACUACGACACCAACUCCUAUACACGCUACAAUGGAGACACUCGCCAGACCUUCUCCACUGCUGCUCACAUUUCACAUGCACACGGACAGGCCCAGAACCCAGGACACGGCCACAGUACAGUGGUCACAGCGCCAGGCUCAGCUCCACUGUCCCGCCACGCGCAGCCCACAACGACAACGACAACGACAUCGUUUGCCAAUGGCAGCCACACGCUUCCACCACCCAAGACUCUGGUGGUCACCACAAACUCUGCCCCGUCCCCUCCCGCCAUGGUGCGCAGCAACGGCUCUGUGAGCCUCAAACCGGUAGUGACGUCCACACACGGGCAGCACACGCACUCCUACGCAGUGAGCCAGGCCACGCUGGAGCGGAUGGGGGCGGUGCCUGUCAUGGUGCCCGCCCAAAGCAGAGCAGGCUCGCUGGUGUGAAAUCUCAUUGGUAAACUGUUCUCUUUGAAAACCAGACUAAAAUAGUGUUUGGUUGUGACGUUUGAAACCCACUGAUUAAAAAAAUCCAACUAAAUAUGGGCUGAAGCAGCCUGCUGCCCUUUACAACUGUGUCUUUCUUUAUGUAACACACUGGGAUUUUACAGUGCAGAGUUCAUUUAAUGCCAAUUCCUUGAUGAGCGGGACCCUUGUAGACAAGCAUCAUCCCCUUAUUGGAUGGAUUUUCCUGGCCGGUGUGGUGGGAACUAUUUUUCAACGACUUGGAUGAUUUAACAUAGCUGGAGUGAAAUUUCCUGCAGAACCUGGAUUCCCUGGUCAUUUUCAGGGCUGGAUCAUUGUGAUAAUUGGGUUAAUUGUGGGGGACUCAAAGCAACACAAAGCAUUUUCAUCUCAAUGUGUUCAUACUGAAUGGUCAGACAGAAGUGAGCUUGGAUUCCCACGUAAAUACAUGUGUCUCUUGUUUUAGGAUAACAAAUUAAAUCAAUUUUAGUUCCAAUAAUUUAAUUUCCCAGUUGUAAUUUUGAUUGACAGAAAAUGAAAUUAUGUUGGGUGAAAUGGCCUUAGAAGCUUACGGAGAGUGGUUUUACUGGGUGCAAUACAUUGCAUAAUAUACUUUACUCUAUUGAAAGCAAACAUUUUAAUUACAUUUUCGCACUUUUCAGAGCAAAUAUCAAAACUGCUGUCUUAUAAACAAUUACUUAGUCUUAAAUAAUGAUAUAUUUUAAGGCCAUUGCAUAUCAAGUCUGUAUUUUUUUUAAAUCGUUAUGCACAGACACCUUGCACACUGAGUCUGUUGCGUUUUAUCAUUCUAUCCAUUAGGGGUGACCCCUAAUAGUUGAAUAUUAGAAAUAAAUAAGAGCCUGAUUACACCCCGUAAAGUCCAGGUCAGACCAAAGAUUCUGGACAAGACGAGUGAAAACUUGCAGCUACCUCUAAUUUGCAAUGUUCUGAAACCUGCCAGUUUACACCAAUGCGACGAGAUGAGACGGUGUAUCAUCUUCAUAGCACGACUCUUUGUACUUUCGUCAUAAAUUCCGACUUUCAGGCUUUUUCUGUAGCUUAUCUCAUUUGUUGCAUCUAAAUAUGAAUGUGGAUAACGUUAGUGAUAGUGAGAUUCUUGCUACAGCUGCGUUUCUUGUGGAGCUGAAACGGCGAAAACAGCAUUUUAUUUCUCUGAUUCACUGCUUUGUUUUAACGAUGGUUGCUCUCUUCAGUUAUUCUCUAGCUCGUUCGACAAUACUGUGCUUGAAGGCGCUCGUUGAGCCUCCGGGCCGGUUCAGACUGCUGCAACCUUCCCCUGCAACAUCCUAAACCGUUUUUUUAAAACUCUGGUUGAUUUAUGAGGACUAACUUCUCCUUAGAUCUCUGUAGGGUAAAUUGAGACAGCUAGCUAGACGAUCUGUCCAAUCUGAGUUUUCUGUUGCACGACUAAAACAACCUUUGAACGUACACAUGUUCCACCAAAACAAGUUCCUUCCCGAGACUAUUUUGCAGAGGCGCCGUUGCUCCGUCCAGUGCUUAGCACCGCCCAAGACGAUUGUGAUUGGUUUAAAAGAAUAAACCACAAUAAACAGCACUUUUUUUCUCCCAUCCUGGAAUGCUGUGUGGACUAGCCAGACCCUCCUGGGCAUCGCUGUGGAGGAAGGUCUGGCAACGCAAGACUAUGGGUAAAUAAAACCAACCGCACCAUGACAGAUUUAGGUUUCACUUUCCAUGAUCCGUGACUGACGGUCGCCCCCACACAUGAUUCGACGAUCAGUCAACAAUAGGCAACACUUGACAAUUCUGAUUCGACUAUGAAAAUUCUUAGUCGAGGACACCCUUACUAUUUGUUAUGAAAGACAAAAUGGAGUUGUCAAGCAGUGAGGACGAUUUUGUGGUGCAUUUACUGUAGGUGGCCAGCGUUGUAUUCUGUUAAAAGUCUAUGGUCAUUUGUAAGGUAUCAUUCUGCUAAACAUCUUAUUCUUUGAAAGGACCCAAGUCCUGGAACUUUUUGCUGGAAAAUUUGCUGCAUUUUGCUGUCUAAUCUUUCGUACAUCCUUUGUUUUGAGAUCAGUAGGCCUACCUACCAUCCCCGGAUACGAAAAAAGCGCAGGAAAAUGGAACCUGUCCUGAAAACGGAUGAAAGUUUUGGAAUCAGUGUGUAAAUGUGAUUGACACAACAUGAGGUCAAUUUAUUUUUAAACAUGCGGCAAUUUCGGACUAAAAAUACAGACUUGGUGUGCAAAGGCCUUUUUACCAAACAACAUAUAUCUAAACUUUUAUCCACAUACAAAACACUGGUGAUAUUUGUUAGCAUAUACCGUAGAUGGUGAUAUAAAGAUUGCACAAGCACUGGAUUUUCACAACCGAAAGCUACUGUCCCCCUGAUUUAAACUUGAAACUCCAGAUGGAUAUUGUCGUAGUCUUUGCUGUGCUCAUCCUCGCUGUUGUCUUAAUCCGGUUCAUGUCAAAUUAGUGCUGCUUGAGAAGACGUGGAUAAGAGGAUGUCUUAUUUCAUAAAUGCUUUAUAAAGAGACAAAUUGUGAUUUUUUUUUUUUCUUGGCAAAGGCUAACACCUAUUGUUUUCUACUGUACAUAUUGUAACAUCAACAGUAGGCUAGAUUGUGAAUCAAAGAAAAUACAGUACAUUGCGUCUGACUAAUACAUAUUCUACAACUCGUGUCUUAAUUUAAAAAAAAUUAAAACUCUUUUUGUUACAUUAGACAACAAGCUGGGUUUGAUAGUCAGUGUUAUUGGUUUCAAUGAAGGGAUUUUUUUGUAUUUUAUGUUUUCAUUUUCUAAUGAGUAUUGCCAUUUCAUUACAAGGUCUGAGGUAAAUACAGUAUGGUUUAACAUGAAUGGCCAUAUGUUUAUAAAUAAUAGACACCUAUGCUGUAUGGUAGAACGUUUCACUGUGUUUCUGACCUACUGUAUUUAUCUUUUGACCAAAUCUCAACAGUCUGUUAAAUAACUGUUACAGUGUUCCCAAAUUAAGCAAUCCUUAUUUCUUGUUGUGCAUUACCUGAAUGCACAACACUAAUAAUUUCUUGUAGCUAUGAUGCAAUAUUUGAUUCAGCAAUUAUUUGUGUUAAAUGCAGUAUUGGAAAGUGUUUUUCAUUCUUCAGAGCAAUUUCGUCUAAUAUAUGAGUUUUAAUUAAAUGUGCUGUUUUGGCAUUCAAGUUUUACUGAGACAAAUUGAUGUGCUAACAAUACAAACAGUGCUCUCAGCUUUAAAACAUUAUCUUAACAUUUUUCUUUCAUUUAUAUUAUUUAGUCAAGAGGACUUCACUCACUUUUUCAAAUACAUUUAUGUAUGUCUUCAUGCCGUUUCCUUGUAGGUGUUAUAUGCACUCAAAUACAGUUAAUUGAAUUAGAAAAAAAAAAAAAAAAAAAACUGGGAGGGUUGGCAGCUAGUUUAGAAUGGUAUUAGUGUAUUAUUUUAGACUGGAAACAUACAUAAAACAGAAUGCUCUUUAAUCCCUACAAUUUUUUUGGAUCAUUUGAACAAUAACUACUAGCCAAGGUGUACUUUUGUGUUAUUGAUAUUAUCCCUUAUUUCACACAUUUAUGGAGUCACAAAAUAGACCCCAUAAGUACCAGUCAUUACUGGUUUUCCAUCACAGUUUGUUGUCCAUGAUUUAGGCCUGCUGUUUGGAUAUAAAGGUAAUCCUGAAUUUCUCCUGUUUUUUGCCUUGGCAUGACAUAAACGGCUCUUAGUUUAAUCUGCAUUGCUAUUCAUUUAUUCGCUAUACUGUCACUUAUGUACCAGUCCAGAUCAAUCAGAAAUAUGUUUGAUCAUCUUUGUACAUUGACCCCAGUCUAACCACAGAUACACCUGCUCAGUCUUACAGACACAUUCAUCCAACAUGUUUACUCUUUCUUUUCUUUUGUCUCAAAGCUGUCUAAUGUGUGGGAGAGUUACAGUACUUUAAAUUCACCUGCAACACACACACACAAACACACACACAUUGAUUUAUAAGUACAGCAAGGCUUAAAGAGGUCAAAUGAUCCAAGGUAAGUUAUCACCUCCCCCUUCUCUUUGUCUGACAGUGUUUUCUGAAUAAAGUCUUCUGUCUAUGUUAGAUUUCACUCACCAUCUCUCCCAGUGUCCCUGCCUUGAGCACUGGCUGACAACAUUAAAAAAAAACUUUCCUUCAUAGAUAUCUGGCUUUAUUCUUCUCAGAGAAAAUGUCAGGCUGGAAAAGCUAAACUGAGAUUAUUUUUGCUUUAACUCUGCCCUCCGUUUGCAGGAGCAAUGGAGAAAAGAGCGCACAAUCAGUAGAAAACUACUGAGGCUUUAACCCAGAUUAAAUAAACAUCUCAUCUUCUACCCUGGCCAUAGGUUGCCGUGUGGUACACAAGGUGGUAUAUGGGUUCUGUAGAUAAAUAAUGACGUGAUAUAUUGCCAAUAGUAAAACCAAUAUGUAAAUAUGUAUACAACUACAUUAUGUUCUUACUGUUGGAUUGAAAUGAAAUAGGAAAAAUAACACUGAAAAUUGUAGUAAAUAAAUAUUGUUAAUACAUUCUAA